AUGGCUGAUCUUAAUGAAAUUCGUCGAGUGUAUGAGAUUGUGGAUAAAAAUGCAGAUGGAGAGGUAUAUCAACCCAUUCUAAACAAUAAAGACGAUAUAGAAAAAGAUGAAUCAAAGGAUUUGAUGGAAGCAUUCGGUGUAUUUGAUGAGAAUAAAGAUGGAUACAUAACCUCAGAGGAACUGCAACAUGUCUUGUCCACCAUAGGAUUGAUUCCGUGGAGCCAAGACCUGCAACAGUGCGAGCAAAUGAUAUGGCGAUUUGAUUUGGACCGCAAUGGAGUGUUGGACUUCGCUGAAUUCAAAAGUAUGAUGUCUUCUGAGCCUUCUCCAUGA